AUGAUCCACGGUUCUAAUUUACGGGCGAGUGACGAAUUGACGCAGCGGGGAUGGACGCGCCGGGCGAAAUUGAGCAGACGGUCGGGCUGGCUGGCAACGGAGAAUCGCGAGGAUGAAUCGUCGUCGAAGCGCGUUGACGGUGCAAGCCUGGCCACCUUUGAAGCUAACUGGAAACAGACUGCGCUUUUCGCUUUCCAGCUCGAACAUCACAUCAACAAGAAGGACCAAACAACACGAAUGGCCACGGUGCAUGAAUAA